AGACCGUAGAUGUCAUUUGCUGCAGUAUCGAUGGCGGAUCGACCAGUAGAGCUGUUGUAUUUGGAAUUAUGGACAAGUUCAAUUAUACAGCUUUACAUUUGCACAAAAUUCUUGCUGAAGGGUGUUUUGGAAGUUCCGUAGGAUUAUACCAAUACUACAAUCAGCACAUCGUUAUCAAAAGCAUCCCUUACAAUAGUCCUGACUAUGCCUACCAAGCUGUUCUGAAAGAGCACCACAUUCUUUCUCAAAUCCGCCAUCCACGAAUCAUACAAUAUCUAGGAUACUUUCAAACUUCCGACAGUUGGAAUAUUGUACUGGAGUUUGCGGAACGCGGUAGUUUGGCUGCUUUUCUCGAACGGCGCUCCGGUGAGAGGGCUUUCCUGAAUCAACACACCGUAAUGGUGAAAUUUGGUGACAUAGCGGACGGACUUAUCUAUCUACACAAGAGAAAUGUUAUUCACCGUGACCUAAAACCUGCCAACAUUCUGAUUUGUGUGGACAACAGAUUGAAAUUGGCUGAUUUUGGUGUAUCAAAAAUUAUGCACGAUAACGACUUCAAUCGAACAAUCAUCGGAACACCACUUUACAUGGCACCCGAAGUAGCUCGCGGCAAGGAUUACGAUUAUAAGAGCGAUGUAUGGGCGCUGGGCAUUAUUUUCUACGAACUUUGCAUGCUGGAACACCCUUUCGUGAACUGUUUCGACAAGGGUCGGAAGCAGAAAUUCCGCGUACCACAAAUUGAUUGGAAACGCCAUGGAUACUUUCCCUCUGUGCAGACGCUAUGUGAUAUGAUGAUACAGAAAGAUCUAACGAAGCGCUGGACGCUGGAAAACAUUUUGAAGGAAUUUCGCAUACAGCAGUUAAUGAAUCGAACGGCGGUUUAG